AAUAUCAUGAAAAUUGAGAAAUAAAAAGGAAUGCUAAGCAAAACUGGAUGGUGGCAGGGUGGCACCGAGCUUUAUUCUGAUGGCUGCUGGUGAUAUGUAAAAUGGAAUUAGAGGAAAAGAGAUGCAAGGCUUAAGGACAGGGAAGUAACACUGAGAGGUUUAAUUCAGGAUACACACAAUUAGCCAGCAGCGAAAUGGAGGAGUUCGAGUACGGAGUUUAUUGUUUGUCUAUUAAAAAUAAAAUACAAUAACCAAGCAACUAGAGGGUAAGUAUAUGGGAAAGGCUGCCUCGUUAGCGAGUAAGGGAUCUGUAAUGUCUCCACCAGCGGCACCAACCACAGCGCAAACAGACAGAGACGCAACGGACACUGGCCACCCGGGCUCGGAAGCGGGCCGGCCGCGGGGCGAGGGCUGCGCGGGCCUGGCAGGGCUCGGCGGGCUCGAUGUCGGCAUUACCCCACCCGGCCCGCCGGCAGACCCGCCCCGCGGGCGGGGCGGGCGGAGGAAGUGGCCCGGGCAGGCCGGAAGCGGCGCUGACGAGGGGCUGGUGGAGCGGGGCGCUGGCCGGAUGUGUAAUAGAGCAUGCUGCUUCAACACAAAAGAUGCAACCUUAAGGCCUUUUCAGACACAGAGCACUUGACUCACCUGCUGCAGUAUGGAGCUCUGUGCCACCAUGGCUAGAAGAGGGAUUUAACCCUUGCAAAAGGAAGAAGUGAGUGUUAGCCCAAGAAGUGGCAGUUGUCCUGCAUUGGGUCCUCCCAGGCAACUCUAAAGCAUUGCCAAUGGAUGAACUGGUGCAUGACUUGGCCUCAGCCUUAGAGCAGACUUCAGAACAAAACAAACUGGAUGAGCUAUGGGAAGAGAUGGCACUAAGCCCACGGCAGCAGCGGCGGCAGCUCCGCAAGAGACGGGGUCGUAAGCGACGCUCAGACUUUGCGCAUCAGACAGAGCACGCCUGCUGCUACAGUGAGGCCUCAGAGUCCAGCUUGGAUGAAGCUAUCAAGGAUUGUCGUGAGGUGCUGACAGCUAAUUUCAGUGACUCUGAUGACAUGGCAGUGGUCAAACGACACCCAGCUCUUAGUGCCACCCUGAGGAGCAAGCAGCACCUGUGGCAUGAGUCAGACUCCUUUACAGAGAAUGCACCCUGUCGACCUCUCAGGCGCCGACGGAAAGUCAAACGCGUGACAUCAGAGGUGGCUGCCAGUCUCCAGCAAAAGCUCAGGGUGUCAGAGUGGAACUGUGAGAGGGGCUGCAGGUUCAAGUCAGCCAAGAAACAGCGCCUUUCACGCUGGAAAGAAAAUGCCCCUUGGACAUCAUCCAGUCGUGGCCUUUGUGAAUCUGGAGAGAACAGGCCCUUCCUCAGCAAAGGGGGAAGGAAGGAGCGGAUGGAGUGUGAAGCUGAUGAUCAGAAACAGGGCUCAGAUGAAAACAUGUCGGAAUGUGAAACCAGCAGUGUGUGCAGCAGCAGUGAUACUGGCCUGUUUACCAAUGACGAGGGCCGACAAGGAGAUGAUGAGCAAAGUGAUUGGUUUUAUGAAGGAGAAUGUGUUCCAGGAUUCACUGUCCCCAACCUUCUUCCUAAGUGGGGAGCUGAUCACCGAUCUGAAGUGGAGAGGAUUGACUCAGGCCUGGACAAACUCUCAGUUUCCACGUUCCUUUUGCCCUCACGGCCAGCUCAGAGAGGAUUUCAUGCUCGCCUGAAUCGCCUUCCAGGAGCUGCUGCCCGUUGUCUCCGAAAAGGUCGGAGGAGGCUUGUUGGCAAGGAGACCUCCAUGAGCAAUCUGGGCACCGAGAGGCUGGGUCAUAUCGUUAGUGAUCCGCGCCAGAAAGAAAAGAACACAGUGCUGGCUUCUGAUUUCUCACACAUUGUGGCCUGUGCACAUGAGUUCAAUCCGUUAUCUCCUCUGUACUCUCUGGAUGUGCUUGCUGAUGCUUCCCACCGAAGAUGCUCACCAGCACACUGCACUGCCAGGCAAACAAGUGUCCACCUGGGACCACCAUAUUCAAGGGACAUCAAGAGGAAACGAAAGCCAGCUGCAGCCUCCAUGUCUAGCCCAACAUCAGCAACUUUAUCUGUCCACAUGGAUGCAGCAGAAUCAGAGCUACCAGCAACACCAUCCUUGAGAUCCCAGAACUCUGAGUGGACUGGGAAAACACCAGCAACUGAGAAAUCUACUAUUGCUGCCUCCAGUAACUUUUUUAAAAUGCCACCAGAGAAGAACCUUGGAUACAGCUAAAAGGACGCAUUGCAACUAUAAAAGCUUGCUCGAUUUUGGAAGUGUUUGGUUCUGGUGUGUAUCUGCACCAAACAUGUUGUUUGGUAAUAGUGGUAUCCUCAGUACUGGUGUGUGAUGCCUCCCAUCAUCCAGACUGAUCUGUGUGCCCCACAUACCUAAGUCAUGUGUGUGACUCUAUGUUUAGGAAAAGGUAAUCAGUGUUGGGACCGCAGCGGCUUUUAAAAAUAUUCUUGCUAUUGCUGUAUUUAUUAUGCAUUCAUCUCUUUCCCUGAUGCCAGCUUAUAUGUAAUAGGUCAUGUACAGAUUCUUUUGGGUUUUCGGAUCUUUAUUCACCCCUUGGACAUGAUGCUUGUUUGUAUGUUUGGCAUUUUUGGGGGUGAAAGUCCCACUGCCACUCAGGGAGGCAGAAUUCUCUCCCUGCUUUCUUCCAGGCCAGAGGGAUUUCUUGGCUGGGGAACGAGGAGGGAAUGCAAACAGGUUGAAAUAUGGAACCUGAAUUCUCUGUUAACAGACGGUUUUCAGACCAUGUGCUAAUGGACUCAAAUCAUGUUGCUUUUGGCAAAGCAAAUAUGGUACUUGUCCAUGUAGAAAUUGCAAUUGGCUCACUGGCAGCAUCAUCAUCCGUUAGACCUUUUUCUUCUCCCUUGUUCUGAGUGUCUUUAGUCUUGUGUAUUGCAUGUUCAUUCUUAAACCUCCUGCUGGAUAAGGAUUUAGGAGAACUACUUUGGCACAAAUAUGUAUGUAAGCUGGUGUCCUGGAAAAGAACCUGGGUCCCUCAAUAUCGUUGGAGUAUGGUAGAGGAUAUACAACACUUCCAUAUCUCAGUGUAUAAAUUAAAAAAAAUUCUGUUAGUGUUUCUAAAGGAUGCUUACUGUUGAAGUUAAUAUGCCAUUGAACAAAAAAGCCACCUAAAGUGUCACCUGAGUUCAGAGCGUUAUGGGUAUUGAUCAGACUCCUUCUGUCUCCUGCUUUCCCUCUCCUCACAAGUAUUGUCUGCUGUACCUACUGGGGGUGUCUCCACCUGCUGAUGAUUACACAUUACACUGCAGUGAACGCUAAAGAGAUUCUCUUCAUAGAACUUCCACUUGGUCUUCUGUUACUUUCUGUGUUGCAGAAUAUAUAUUGGACAGUGAUUUCUUCCCUCUCUUUCCUUAAAUAACUCUGGAGCUUAUCUUGGGCUGUGUUUUCAGAAUAUGUACCUGCAUAGCAUGUGUCAAGGAACAGGUGGCCUCACAGCUUCUUAAGUCCUGUAAAAAUGGGAUAUAUUUGUAUGAAUAGAACUCUUUGCUUUCUUCAUUGUGUGGAGCUUUCAGACAGGACGAUCUAAACUUUUGAAAUUAAUUUUGAUUGUGGAAGUGCAGUAGCACUCUUAAGUAGACAACAAAAUUUGCAUGUUUUUAGUGGUUUCGCAGUGUUCUGCUCUGCCUUAUAAAUCAAAUAGCUGAGUUACAGAUUUGAUUGUGAGAAUAUGAAGCAGUGAUUUAUAUUUAACUCUGUAUUAAAAUGUUAAGUGGUCAUAACAUACACAAAACAGAAAUUGAAUGACUUGCUAAAUCACAAUUGACAAAUAUAGUUGGUUAUACUACAGACAUACUGUCUGUGUCUGAUCCCCUAAUACCUACUUAUUCCUGGGGAGAUAUCCAAAUUGGAUUUAUAUUUUGCAGCCCAAGCAAACUGUCGGAUCUGUCAUUGUAAAUCCAUCUCAAAACCUUUUUUUUUUUUUAGGGUGGUGCAUUUUUACCUUAAUGGAGGAGUACAGAGGUGUGUUUGGAUUACAGGGCAAGCUGUAAGGCUUUUGUGGAGGAAGGAGUGCUCCUGUUUUGAAGUAGUCAUUGGUUUGUCUUAUUUGUAGUUAUUUUGAGCAAUUGUGUCUAAGGAGUAGCACAAGAAGUUUCAGCACUGGAGGGCCUUUAAUCUAGAAUAUGUGAGGGGAAGGUAAAUCUGAAGAUGAGUAGCUUGACUAUCUAAUACUCGUGAAUACAGGUGGUCACAUACUCCUGACAACCUGCAGAUAAAUUUUAGGAUUGGAAGCCUUGUAAUCUAAACUGCAUGCUGUUCCAGUGACAAGGAGUGGUUCCCUAGAAGAACUUUUGUGAAAUUGAGUGGGUUUGAUCUCACAAAGGACCCUCCACAACCUCUCUUGGUUUGAGUCUAUUCAACAGACUUACUCAGAUUACUGAUCAUUCAGAUAAAAUUUUAUAUUUAGCCUUUGUAUUCCUCUUUUUAAAACCAAUUCUGAUAUAUCUUGCUACAUUCUGCAUAUUGUCCAGAGUAGUUCUUUCUCUUCUGUGGUGUCAUGAUGGUUUUAAAACUUGCGUAAGAAAAUGUUAGGGAAUCCAGAGCCUUCAUCUCAUUGCAGUGGGUGGGAGGUGGGUUGCCAUGCUUCAUGUGACUUUUCUCUGGGGGCAAAGAUAAUUUAUCAGAUUUUCCUAUUGAGGUCAGUAGCACUGUUAUCUGGUUAAGCCCUUACUUAGGUUGUAAGCUCCUAAAAGAUAUUUCUUGUCCUGAAAGGCUGUAUGUACCUGUGGCAGUACUGAAGAGUAACUGUGGCAGGUCUUGUCUUAGCAAACCAUACUUUCUACUACGGCAAAUUUCUGGAAGCGUCCGGAGACUCAAAUUAUUGCAGCUGCCCUGUCUUUCCUAUUUCUACGUUAGAAUCCAUUUACAGGUCAGUUGCAUUCUCAACCAAAUUUGAUUCUCCUGAGGCAAGCUAAAUGAAUCAUGUAUUUUGUUACUCCUGGGUAUUUAUCAAAAUUUAUCUUCAGACUUCAGUAAGUUGAUACAGAUUUUAAUAUCUGCAGCAUUCUUAGAUGAAUAAAAUACGUUCAUGGCUUUGUCUCUUU